AUGUCCCAACCCGCGAUGCCAAUCCACACCCAAGCCGUCCGCUUCGUGUCGGACGUCGCAAAUGGCCGACAUGCACUCUCAAAGCUCAUACCAAUCGCCGUCUGGCUUGUCGACGCUGUCCUCUGCGGCCUGAUCAUCUGGAAGAUCCCCUAUACCGAGAUCGACUGGGUCGCAUACAUGGAACAAGUCGCGCAGUUUGUGUCUGGCGAGCGAGACUACACCAAGAUGGAGGGCGGCACCGGUCCCCUCGUCUACCCAGCCGCCCACCUCUACACUUACACGGGGCUAUACUACAUCACCGAUGAGGGCAAGAACAUCUUUCUGGCGCAGCAGAUCUUCGCUGUGCUUUACAUGGCUACGCUGGCGUUAGUCAUGCUCUGCUACUGGCAGGCAAAGGUCCCGCCCUACAUCUUUCCCCUCCUCAUCCUUUCGAAGCGACUCCACAGCGUCUUCAUAUUGCGAUGCUUCAACGACUGCGUCGCCGUCUUUUUUCUCUGGCUCACGAUAUACUUCUUCCAGCGCCGGUACUGGACCUUCGGGAGCUUCGCAUACACGUGGGGACUGGGCAUCAAGAUGUCGCUGCUGCUGGUACUCCCGGCCGUUGGCGUCAUUCUCUUCCUGGGCCGGGGUUUCCACGCCAGUCUGCGGCUGGCUUGGCUGAUGGCCCAGGUGCAGUUCGCCAUUGCCAUCCCGUUCUUGGCGAAGAAUCCCCGAGGGUACCUCUCGCGCGCUUUCGAGCUCUCUCGCCAGUUCAAGUUCGAGUGGACGGUCAACUGGCGCAUGUUGGGAGAGGAAUUGUUCCUCAGCAAGCCCUUCUCUCUUUUUCUGCUGGCCGCCCAUGCUACAGUACUCCUGAUCUUCAUCGUCUCUAGAUGGCUCCAGCCCGCCGACCGAACCUUGUCCGCCCUGAUCCCCUCGUUCCUGCGAGGCAAGUCCCCUUUUACUCAGUCUGAGGAGAGACGCAUCUCUCAUUAUGUCACCCCUCGAUAUGUCAUGACCACGAUCCUCUCCGCCAACGUCAUCGGCCUGCUGUUUGCGCGGUCGCUUCACUACCAGUUUUAUGCGUAUCUCGCGUGGGCGACACCGUAUCUCCUGUGGAGAGCGACGCGCAGUCCUUUGGUCGUGUUUCCGCUCUGGUUGGCACAGGAGUGGGCCUGGAACGUGUUUCCAAGCACCGACAGCAGCUCGUCAGUUGUCGUCAACGUGCUGCUCAUGACCGUCGUACUGGUGUACCUCGGGACGGAUGAGCCGGUUGCUCCCCAGCCAAAGGCUAGGGAUGCCAAGGCCAAGAACAAAUAA